AUGCAGUGCCUGUUGCCUUCCAACGGCCUGGCUGGAGCCGGCCACGAGGCCGGCCUUUCCGCCGCCCCUGCGGCGGAGGCGGAGCCUGCCGAGGCCGCUGCGGAGCCCAGGGAAACGCUGGCAGCGCGGCUGCGGAGGCAGUCGCGAGAGCGCUGGCAAAGCUUCUGUGCGCAGUCGCAAGAGCAGUGGCAGAACUGCCAAGGACGCGUCUCGGAAGUGACAGGGCGCCUAUGGGAGCGCGCGCAGCGCUCGCCUUUGCUGCAGCGGUGUCCAAGUAAAUUGAAGGUCAUGGGAUUUCUGUAUCGCCGCUCCAGCGUGGCGCUGAUCCUGGCGGUCUUCAUUUUGGUCGGUUGGCGGGGCAACGGGGUCCAAUUCUACCCCGUGAACUUCAUGAUGACUCUGCAGCAGCUGCUCUGUUUGCUGCUGCUGGCACUGCCCAAAGAGAUUUCCCGACGCUACGCCACGCGGUUCUUCAUUGCUGCUGCGUGUCUGAGUAUUUUGGCACAGCUCUUGGGUUUCACCAGAUGGCAUCGCAUGUCCGAGGAGCAGAUGUACUACUUCGGCGUGGCACCAAAGCUGGGCUUUGCCUGGGACUCAGUCUGUCGCGAUCUCAUCAUCAUCAUUUUGGCAAUGCUCGAGGGGAUGUUGGAAGCUCCACUACAGCCGCCGGACUCGCCGUCGCUGGCUCCGGAGCUUCCCAUGGAGCAGGAGAUGGUGCUCUUGCAAGGUGCUUCAGCCAGAGGAAGCCAGCUGCCGGACGUUUGGCGAAGAGCCUUGAGGCCCCAGCUGGACCCGGUGACGGAGGUGCGGCAGCUGCUGCUGGCGGUGCCGCAGCUGGCGGCGCUGGGCAUCGUGGUCAUUUGCACCUUAGAAGAGACGGUUUGGUGUCUUCCAAGUCUGGCCGUGGUGGGUGGUUUUUAUGCCAGCGGUGGCAUGGUGAAGCCCCCUAUGAGCAGCAACCCUUGGCAGCUCCCAGAGCGAGCGCGCUUUUGGAUCCAGGUGAUGGUCAUCAGUCUGGCUGUCGGGAUGCUUGGUGAGAUGUGCUCCGCCCUGUGGUUGCCUCCCAUGGCAGGCUUCUCUGCCAAACCCGUGCCCGACAGCAUCGCACUAUGGGAGAUGUGCAGGAACUAUGACCCCUGGAACCCCAGCGCGCCGCGGAACAUCACGGGCCACGCGCAAGCGCAACACUUCGAGCAGGCGGAUUGGUUGACCCAGCGGCAGCGCUGUGGCCGCGACGUGGUCUACUGGAUGUGCCUGGAGUGUGGUCUGCGGGUGCCAAAGUUCAUCCUUUUCUUCGCCCUCUGCUGGGUCUUGCACACCUCUUGGGAUCGGCCCCGGUCCAGUCCCGAUGAGUCGUCGGAGGGGCCAGGCCGGUCGAAGUGGUUGCAGAGGCUCUGUGACUUGAUUUUCAAGUACAUCUUGGAGCCACUGGGAUGCAGGAGCGAGUCAGAAGAGGAGAAGCACUCGGACUUGAAACUCUUCAUGAUUUGGGUUGCCACCAUCCUCUGUUGGAUCUCCAUCAUUGUGGCCUUUCUUUGGCAGCGGACCUUCAACAUCGUGGCGCUCGGGUACCUCUGGAUGGCCUUAAUGACCGGCAGCUCCGCCAGCAACGCCACCCUCUACCGCAACCCUGCGAGAGCCAUCCUCUGGCCCGCCCGGGCGGUUGGUAUUUUCAAUUUCAUCGUCAUCGUUGCCUGUUGUGUCUCUCGGAUGUUUGUGGUCGGUGUCGCCAUCAAGAGCCCUGCGCACGCCAGAGAGAUAUCGACAGGCGCUUGCACCCGGGCCAUCACUGCUGAUGGCCGGAGACAGCAUUGGAGGGAAGCAGUGCUGCUGGCGGCCGCGAUGCCAACGAUGAGGAUCCAGCAUGAUGUGAUCAGCUACAACGCCACCAUCACGACAUGUGAACGCCACCAUUGGCAACGAGCACUGCAAAUCUUACAUUCGAUGCCAGGUGCCCACAUUGAAACGGACGUGGUGGGCAGCAGCAGCUGCAAAGGGGGUGGAUGGCAACGAACAUUGAGGAGCUUUCAAGCUUUGAUGGAAGUGGGUCUGCAAGCAGAUGUUACUUGCUACAACAGUACGCUCAGCUGCCUGGAGUGGUCUGUAGCUCUGACCUUCUGUUCGGAAGCUGUGGAGCGAGGCAUGUCCGACAUCGUCAGCCACAACACGUGUCUCAGCCGCCUGGCGGACGACUGGCGCCACUGGCGCCUCUCGCUAUGGAGCUUUGGCGAAAUGCCGGAGCAAGGUGUGCAGCCUGAUGCCAUCAGCCGCAACGCUGCGAUGAAGGCCGUGGAGCAUCACUGGCCGAUGGCGCUGGAGCUCUUAGCCGGGUUUCCAGUCACGGCUGUACUUCCCAGUGUGGUGAGCUAUGGCACAGCACUGAGCUGCACGGGCUGGCAGGCUGCUAUCCCACUUCUGCAGGAGAUGAGACUGGGGAAGAUUCGGAGCAACUGCUACACCUUCGCUUCCUUCCUGACAUCUCCGGAAGCGACGUGGCGUCAAAGCCUCGAAGUUCUGGGCAGCAUGGACACCACUGGAAGCCUUUGGGACCUCGUCACCUGCAACGCCGUGUUGGCGAGUGCCACGUGGAUUACGUGGCGUCCGGCGUUGCAGCUGCUGAGGGCCAUGGAACGCAGGGCGCUGCGGGGUGAUGUGGCCACACACAGCAGUGCUUUGGCAGUGCUAGAGUGGCAGCUGGCACUGGUGGUUGAGGAAAGGGCACAAGUUGGCGCGCUACAAGGCAACCAGAUCAGCUCAGUUGUACUUCUCACCUCCUUCCUUCGCCCGGCCCUGUGGCAACUGGCCAUCCAGCUGAGCCAGCAGAGCAAGCCGAGCUUGGAAAGCUGCAAUGUGCUGAUGAGCUGUCUGUCCCAGCGCGGCCGUUGGUCCGCCAGUCUCCAGCUGCUGUCGUCCCUGGGCCGCCGCCGCCUCGCCGCUUUCGCUGCCGUCGCCGUCGACGUGACGUCAGCAGCGCUGGGCGCGGCGGGAAGGGCGAAGCAGUGGAGGGCGGUGCUGGAGAUGUCCUUCACCAACCUUCGAUGCCUCACCACGGGUCUCAGCAGCGGCCCCUGGCGUUCCACCCUGGCGCUGCUGCGUUCGUCGCUGCAAGGGGCGCUGGAGCUGGACGCUGCCGCGGUCAGUGCCGCAAUGCAGAACUGCCCCACGGCCCAGUGGCGAAUGGCCUCAGAGCUCUUCCAAGCGGCAGUUGAGCGACGGGUUCCGCUGGAUCUCCGCGCCUCCUCCGACGCGGCGCGCGCGACGCGCGUGGCCGCGCCCGCGGCGCUGGAGCCAAUGGCGGCGGAGCCGCUGCGGAGCUUGGAACGACUGGCGCUGCCAUCACCCGCAACCUUGGCGAAGAUGGGUCGACCAUGGCAGAGUUGGAAGGAGAUCUCGGCAUCGCACGAAGGCUGCGGUGAACCCCCGCGACACGGCUUGGACCAAAAUGACGCGGCCUGGACCAAAAAGGCGGUGCACGGCGUGGAUUUGUCGGCAGCUUGGAUGUCGCAACUGCGAAGUGUCCAAGGCCCAGCCCCCGGCGAGAUGCAGUUGACGCGCUUUCUGAGCGGCGAGCAGUGUCUCCACUAUUCGAAGACCGUGGGCAGUGCUUCCAGCGAUACCUGGAUGAUGGGCGCACUCUUUCAGAGCUUCGGUAUGAUGAAAACGGGUGGCCUCAGUGAAGGAGCCUUCCAGGACGUGGUGCACUGCCUGGUCUUCGCCACUUGUUUGAUGCAGCGCAUCCUGGUGGAGCGUUGGCACCAGGAUCUGCGGGACCACUUCGAGCGACGCAAGGCCUUGCUCGAUUUUCGAGCUCAGUGGUACGCAGAAAAGCUGGCCACCAGCCGACAGGUGCAGCUGUCGAUGUGGGACACCAAGCGGCAGGUCUUACUGAACAAACUCUCGCGCGUCACGCAGCAGCUGAACACCUUGCGUUCCAUUUGGGAUGGGCAACGGCCAGCGUUUACCGAGAAGGAGGAGGAGGAGAAUCAUCAUAAAGCGCGGGUGGAACACAUUUGUUUGAAAGGUGGUGUCAAUGAGCUCCUAGUCACGGGACUUCUGAAGGAAUUCACCCGGAACUGCGGCGAACAGCUGGUGCAGGAGCUUCAGACGCAGAAAAGGCUCCAGGCUCAGGGCAUCAUCGAUAAGGCGGUGGUGGAGUACUUGCAUCGACGGUACCUUCGUAAGUUGAAGAUGAUCACCUCCACAGAUGAAGCGGCGUCCAAGCAGAGGCUCAUGCAGGAGUCGCAAGAGGAGGUGGAGACGCUCAAGGACUCCGAGCUGGACGGCGAUGCGCCCGGGGAGACCGAGCCGACGGUUUCCGCGGCCUCGUCGUCGGCGCUGCGGCAGCGGAAGGCCAGCGAGAAAGCCAUGGGAGUCACCAGCAGCUUCCACUCCGAGGCUGACAGCUACACCAAAGACGACUCGAAGAGUCCGGCUGCGGGCGGCAUCUCGCGCUUCUGGGCAGAUCUCUUUGGCGCGUUUCUGGAUGAUAUGCUCUUCAUUCGAGAGAAUGACGAGACGCUCUACGAGCAUCGCAAGGGGAACUCGGCCAAGCUCUUGUUUUUGAAGGCGCUGCUGAGCCAAUCGGUGCCGGCUUUGGUGCUUUGCAGCGCCUUGCAAUUCAUGGCCUUCCGUUCCAUCUGCGCAGGGCUCAGCGUCGUCAUCGUGGUCUGUGCGCUGAUGGCCUUCCCUCACGUCCCGUGGACUGUGUGGGUCUUUCUGCAGUGGCUCAACAUCUCCGUCAUUUUUGCCAAGGUGGUCUUUCAGCUUCCGCUCUUCUGCGAGGAUGGCAGUCUGGAUAUGGGCUCCUGUCCCUCACUUUGCCGCGAGGAAAUGCCCUGGACUGCCCUGCUGGGACUAGUGAAGACACAGCAGAACGCCAAUGCCCCUUGCAGCUUGGCCGAGCCCUCCUUGUCGGCAGUGCUGUGGGCCGACGUGCUCUUCUCGCUGGUGUUGCUGUUGGUGAUGUGCGCUUCGCGUAUGGGCGGACGAUUCGGAAGUACUUCGCAGAUCUUGGAAAGCUUAAAGGCAGUGGAGAAGAAGAAUCGCAGGAUGAGUACCCACAUCACCCGCGAGAUCUUGAAAGCUGCGUCGCUUGCGGAGCAGAUCGAGGUGGGCGCAGACGAUGACGAUGACGAAGAGGAUGAGGAGUUGGGUGGCAAUCCUUCAGGUGCUGCGACCCCAGCGCCUGGUGGGGAAGAAGCUCAGGGCUCCAGAUGGGCGAAGAUGCUGAAACACGUGCAGGCCGAAUCCAAGAAACUCAAGGAAACGGGUUGGCAAUGGUGGAAAGACACCGUGGUGGCUCCCGCCUACGUCCGAAAACCCGCGCGGGACUUGUACGAGAUCCGCCUCAGUCUUGCCUUGACAUGCUUGGCCAUGCUGAUCUUCGGGUGGACCUCUAUGGUGGACAGCGGCCGCAGCUUCAGCACCUCCCUGAAGACCAACAACUUCAGCGGGACGCAGGUCCGAGUCCUGGUCCUUUUCCUCAUCAUGAUCGUCGUCGAUCGUGCCUUAUAUACCUGGUAUCGUGGGGACCACGGCCGCGACGGCACCGGCAACGCUCUGAACUCUGCCUCCUUCAAGGGCCUACUGGCCCGCGUGGUGAUGAAGAUUCUGGUGGUGGUGCAUGUGAUCUUGCUCCAUUGUCUCUUCAUCGAGCAGUGGAGUCGGAAGGUGGUCCGAAAAGAGAAGAUGAAGUCUGACAGAUCUUUGAUCUCCAUGUCGAUGCUGUCGGGCUUCUACGUGCUGUACCUCACGUACUUGGCCUUGAGUUCGCUGCAGCUGAAGUACGACGUGCACGUCAUGCGUGGAGGGCUGCGCUUCUGCCAUAGCACCGAUAUUGGCUCCAUGCUGGUCUUUAAGGCCUACAGCGCCAUCCCCUUCCUCAACGAGCUGCGGGUCAUCACCGAUUGGACCGUCACGGAGACCUCCAUGAACCUGUUCAUGUGGCUGAAGUUGGAAGAUGCUCAUCAUAGCCUCUAUCGCACGCGCCUGGAUAUGGAAGGCCGGGCGCUGACUGAACCGGCUUCAGCUCGGCCCAUGUUUGAGAAGGUCUACAUGGGAGUUGCUUUGCUUCUGCUGUUGCUGGGUUUGUUGGUCGGGCCUAUCAUUUUCUUCUCGGCGCUGAACACCUUCAUGCUGGUGCCUAGUGUGGUGAAAUCUGCUACCAUGUCUGUGGAUGUGAAGGUGGAGGCCACUUAUGGCCAUCGCGCGCUGAACCUCUACACCGCAGUGCAGGACUACAUCGAGAACCACAACGAGAGCUCGGCGCAGGACUUUCAGAAACGUCUAUUGGACUCGGAGAUCCCAAUCUCUUUGCAAGACAUUCGGUUCCCCUUUGCCUCGGACGAGCUGUGGGAGAUGAGUGCCUCGCGACAGCAGAUGAUCGCAGAGCUCAUCAAUCCCUUUCUGCACCCCGACGUGACGGUGAAACUGCGCUUGAGCUAUCAAUUUCAUCGCAACUCCUCGUUGCCAGUGGAUGGCUUCAAGGAGGUGGUGGUUGACAACUCGUCACGGGCCGACCUGGGUCGUAUGUUGACCAAUUGCCUGGCGCCAGUGAAUGUCUCCACAUGUCCACCCUACUUUGACUUCACCGUGAAGGAUCUCUUUCCGAAAUACCUUCGGACUGGCCAUGGGCAGAUCGCCGCCAUCGACUUCGCCGUGGAUCAGGAGGAAACCUUGAACUAUGGGGUGACAGUAGCCUUCCACCGUGGUGACAGAAAAGGUUUACCGCAUUGGCGUGUGAUGACCAAUGCCACUGGCGUGGGUGGCAUGCCAAUCUCCAGAACUGAUGCGAUGAGGGCCCCAGAGAAGGAUUCCGGGAACCAGCUCACCUUUACCAUGGCAUCCAACCACGUGUCGGCCACACAAGCGCAUGCGCCCUCCAGAGAUUCCAGAAAUGAGAAGCAGAUGUCCAUCAACGGACUGUACCUGGGUGUUGUGCUGACCAUCGGCAACCUCUUCCGAAGCAUCUUCAAGGACAGUUCCAAACGCAUGAUCUAUGAGGAAGUCUCAGACACGGACCUCCUCUUGGAUUUGUGCGAUGGCAUCUACCUGGCGCGAGUGCAAGGCAACCUGCAUGCGGAGUGGAUGCUCUACCACGAAGCUUGCCCUGGUCAUGGGAUGCCUCAUGGGCACUGA